GCCUGGGUGAAGGGUCUGUAAGCUCAGCUGGGCUGGGACAGGUUUUUACCGCUGUUUUGAGGUGUAAGGUGCUUGUUUGGGAGCUGCUCUGUAAUCCUGUGAGGCCAGUGGGUGCUGCUCCAGCUGGUUUUUCCAAGACUUUUUAUUCCAGCUUAUUUUUCCCCUGUGCGGACCCACUGAGGAGCAGCAGAUGCAGCCAAACCCUGAUAAGCAUCUGAUAAAAAAAGAUCCUAGGAAGAGAAUUAUCUGUAUCGAGGGCAACAUUGCCAGUGGAAAAACAACAUGCCUGGAUUAUUUUGCACAGACUACCAGCAUUGAGGUUUUGAAGGAGCCCUUGACCAAGUGGAGGAAUGUUCGAGGUCAUAAUAUCCUGGGCUUAAUGUACCAGGAUGCAUCAAGGUGGGGGAUAACUCUGCAGACCUAUGUCCAGCUGACCAUGCUGGAGCAGCACACCAGGCCCAUGAUUUCCCCCAUAAGGAUGAUGGAGAGGUCCAUUCACAGUGCAAAACACGUUUUUGUGGAAAACCUCUAUCGAAGUGGAAAAAUGCCAGAGGUGGAUUAUGCUGUCCUGAGUGAAUGGUUUGACUGGAUCCAGAACAACACUGAUGUUUCAGUUGAUUUGAUAGUUUAUUUGCAGACAUCUCCUGAAGUUUGCUAUGAGAGGCUAAAGACAAGAUGCAGGGAAGAGGAAAAAGUCAUUCCUCUGGAAUAUUUAGAAGCUAUUCAUGAGCUCUAUGAAGAGUGGCUCAUUAAACGUGCACUGUUUGAAGUGUCCUGCCCAGUACUUGUGAUUGGAGCUGACCAUGACAUGCAGAAAAUGAUAGAGAAGUAUGAGGAGAACCGGGACCAAAUACUGAACCCAGCUAACUGCACUGUUUAUAGAAGCCUGUGACUGUUGUGUCAGAAAUCAUCUACUCAAGUCUGAGUUGGUAUUUUUAAUAUUUAAAUAUGAUGGAUAUUGAUUUUGCACUAUGCUUUGUAGAACGCUGUGGACUACAUCUCUGAAAUGAUCAGGUACCAAUCAGGAACAGAAUGUGAAUCAGUUCCCUUUGUGAUUUUAGGUUUUCCAUCAGCUUUACUGUGUCAGUUCUGUUCAGCUAAAACAUGUCUGUUUUCCUCAUUUCCCACUUCACUGCUGCUUCCUAGAAGUAACUUUCCUUCCCCCCCCCUCCAAAGACAACCCUGUUGUUGUAAUUUGAAAUAAACGGUUUAUUACAGUGUUCCUCUGA